UUUGCGACGCUAACGAAGGAGGUGAACGGUGCACGAGAACAGUUAUUGGAGCGAGACGAAGAGAUCAGUGAGCUCAAAGCUGAGAGGAACAACACUAGGUUGUUGUUGGAGCACCUGGAGUGUUUGGUGUCUCGUCACGAGCGAUCUCUGAGGAUGACCGUGGUGAAGCGCCAGGCAGCCUCCCAGUCUGGUGUCUCCUCUGAGGUGGAGGUGCUCAAGGCUCUCAAGUCUCUCUUUGAGCAUCACAAGGCUCUGGAUGAGAAGGUUCGAGAAAGACUACGAGUAUCACUAGAGCGAAUAGCAGCACUGGAGGAAGAUCUUAACCGCAACAGAGAAGAGCUAAACCAGUACAAGUUAGGUAAAGUUCCGGGAGAUGGUGCAGAGAGUAACCGGGUGAAUGGAGAGACAGACUCUACUGAAGGUGGCAGUAGUGGGGGCAUCGGAAGCACCAGUAAUGGUGAUGGUUCACCUUCGGGCGGGGAGGCAGCAGCUGGUGAGGGAGCUGAGGCAGCUGGUGCCUCUCACAACAAGUUGGUGGACCUGCAGACAUCUCUGGAGAAGCAGACAGCAGAGCUGAACGCUGCCAGGGAGCGAGUGCGUGAACUUCAGAACCGUCUACAAGAACUGGAGGACAACCUGCAAGCAACUCAGAAGGAACUGGUCAAGGCGCAGGAGAUAAACUCACGUCUCCAGCGUGACCUCAAGGAAAAUGUUGCCCAAAAAGAAGACCAAGAGGAGCGUAUUGCUACGUUAGAGAAGAGAUACCUUAAUGCUCAGAGAGAGUCAACUUCUUUACAUGACCUCAAUGAAAAGUUAGAAGAAGAACUCAAAAAUAAAGAAGCUCAGUAUAAACUUCAAGAGGACAAGAUUCGAGCACUACAAGAAAAAGUUGAACUAAGUGAACAGAAACUAGCACAGUAUGCCAAGUUACCUGACGUAGAGCAGGAGCUGAAGCAACGCAUGGAAGCUCUACACCAGGUGCAGGAAAAACAUGGCAGUGCUGAGGACCGCAUACAACGCCUGGAGAACCAAUUAGAUGAGAAAGGAGCAGAGCUUCUACGAUUAAAUCAACGCCUUAAGAUGAAUGAAGAACAUAACUCAAGAUUGUCAGCCCUGUUGAUAGUUAUUACAAAUGGUCAGUUUAGUAACUAG